GGGGAAAGCACCGAUGGGAAAGUGUCCGGGGCUCGGUUAACAAGAAGACAGCAUCCGGUCCUCUUCAGUUCGUCCUGGGACACUUGGAGAUGAGAGAUUCACCGAAAGGGGCACUUUGAGAUAUGAUGAGGUUUAUUUCUGGUCGGCAAUAGUACUAUGAUUUGGUAUGUGGCCACUUUGAUAGCAAGUGUAUUCAGCACCCGAGGAACGGCCGCUCAAGGUGCCCAAGGAGUGCGAGAGGAGCCCCAGUUUGUGACGUCACGUGCAGGAGAGAACGUCAUCCUGGGAUGCGACGUGUCCCACCCCCUGAACGGCCAGCCCUACGUGGUGGAAUGGUUCAAGUAUGGAAUGCCCAUCCCCUUCUUCAUCAACUUUCGCUUCUACCCUCCUCAUGUGGACCCGGAAUACGCCGGCCGAGCCAGUCUGCACGACAAGUCCUCCCUGCGGAUAGAGAACGUGCGCUCAGACGACCAGGGCUGGUAUGAGUGUAAGGUGCUGAUGCUGGAGCAGCAGUACGACACCUUCCACAAUGGCAGCUGGGUGCAUCUGACCGUCAACGCCCCCCCCACUUUCACAGAUACACCACCUCAGUAUGUAGAGGCCAAGGAGGGGGGGAGCAUCACUUUGACCUGCACGGCCUUUGGCAACCCCAAACCCUCAGUGGGCUGGCUGCGAGAGGGCAGCCUCGUGGUCAGCAGUGCCAAGUACAAGGUGUCUGAUGGGAGUUUGACAGUGCUAUCCAUCACCCGUGAGGAUCGUGGAGCUUACACAUGUCGAGCCUUCAGCCCCCAGGGAGAAGUCGUUCACACCACAAGGCUGCUAGUACAAGGCCCUCCCUUCAUCGUGUCCCCCCCUGAGAACAUCACAGUGAACAUCUCGCAGGACGCCUUCUUCACCUGCCAGGCGGAGGCCUACCCUCGCAACCUGACCUACACCUGGUUCUGGGAGGAGGACAACGUCUUCUUCAAGAAUGACUUGAAGCGCAGAGUCAGUAUUCUCAUUGACGGUUCCCUCAUCAUUGCCCAAGUCAAACCUGAUGAUUCUGGGAAAUAUACCUGUGCUCCUAGCAACAGCCUGGGCAGACCACCAACUGCCUCUGCCUUCCUAACAGUGCAAUAUCCUGCCCGUGUGGUUAACAUGCCAUCCGUCAUCUACGUGGCCAUUGGUAUGCCUGGCUUCAUCCGCUGUCCUAUAGAUGCCAACCCCCCUGUAACUCUGGUCAAGUGGAAGAAAGAUGGCCUCCCUCUCCGGAUAGACAAGUUCCCCGGUUGGAGCCAAAUGGACGAUGGGAGCAUCCGUGUGGCAGAGGUGACGGAGGACUCUCUCGGCACCUAUACCUGCAUGCCUUACAACGCCCUGGGUUCUUUGGGAUGGUCCUCUCCUGCUCCCCUGGUGCUAAAGGAGCCUCCUAAAUUCUCUGUGGUUCCUGGAGGGGAGUACAGGCAGGAGGCUGGGAGAGAACUGAUCAUCCCCUGUGAGGCAGAGGGAGACCCCUUUCCCAACAUCACAUGGAGAAAGGUAGGCAAGCCCAGUAAAAGCAAGCACAAUGUUCUGCCCCGGGGCAGCUUACAGUUCAAGUCACUCACCAAGGAGGACCAUGGGGAGUGGGAAUGUGUCGCCACCAACGUUGCCACGAGCAUCACUGCCAGCACGCACGUCCAAGUAAUAGGCACAAGCCCGCACGCCCCCACCAGCAUCCACGUGUUGGCGUCCUCUACCUGGGCCAAUGUGUCCUGGGAGGUGGGGUAUGACGGAGGCUUCCAGCAGACGUUCUCAGUCUGGUAUGGCCAUGUGCUGAAGAGGGAGCGUUUAGGUCCACAUGACUGGCUCUCCAUACCCGUGCCUGGAGGCCAGGACUGGCUGGUGGUGCCCGGCUUGGAGCCAGAGACAAUAUACCAGUUCAGCGUUCUGGCCCAAAACAAGCUUGGCACAGGCCCUUUCAGCGAGGUUGUCACUGUGAACACACUAGUAUUUCCUUUAAGUACCCCUGAACCAUUGGUGCUGCUUACCCCACCACGGUGCCUCACAGCCAAUCGCACGCAGCAGGGAGUUCUGCUCAACUGGAUCCUGCCUGCCAAUCAUACAGCACCGAUCCAGCAUUAUGUCAUGGAGUUCCGCCUGGGGGAGCGAUGGGAGGUCUUAGACGACAGCAUUCCUGCUGGGGAGACGGACCUGCUCGCCCGAGACCUCAUCCAGGAGGCCUGGUACGAGUUCCGCGUCAUGGCCGUCAUGGAUGACAUCAUCAGUGAUCCUAGUAACGUAGUAGGUGUGUCCAGCACAGACUUCUUCCCCCCUCCAGAGAUGGUGGAGGAGCGUGGACUGGCGCGGCCUGUGGUGGCUGGCAUUGUGGCAACCAUCUGUUUCCUGGCAGCAGCUGUCCUCUUCAGCACCAUGGCUGCCUGCUUCGUCAACAAGCAGCGCAGGAGGAAGAUGAAGAGGAAAAGAGACCCCCCUCUAUCCAUAACACACUGCAGAAAAAGCAUGGAAACUCCGUCAUCUUCAGGAAAGUUGAGCCCGGAGAGCAUUCGUUCAAAGGCAUCUCCGUCAGAAUCAUCUGAAGAUAGUCAUGACCAACGUUCGGGAAAGAAACCAUCCACAGUUACAGGGAAGAGGGAGGAGUUGUCUUUAUACAAAAAGACCAAAAGAGCAAUAACAAGCAAGAAAUACGGCAUGUCCAAGCAUGAAGCUGAAGAAUCACCCAUUGAACUCAUCAGCCGAGGCCCAGAUGGACGCUUUGUCAUAGAUCCCACUGUUGCAGAAAUGUCUGUAAAGCCCCGGCGAAUUGAGGGCUUCCCCUUUGUGGAAGAAUCAGACCACUAUCCUGAAUUCCGGCAGUCAGACGAGGAAAAUGAUGAUCCCAGGUCUAUGCCCCCAGUUAUGGCCCCUCUACGGCCUCACCAGAUUUCCCCAAUCUCCAGCCAGGAAUCCUACCUGCAACCUCCAGCCUACAGCCCUCGUUUCCAGAGGCCUUUCGAAGGUAUGACCAUCAUGGAGAGCAGCCGGCUCCAGGCCACGGGGCAGAUCCGAGGUUCUCUCCACCACAGGGCUUUCUAUGGCUAUUUAGGCCACCCUGGGGAUCAUGACCCCCCACCUCCUUUUUACAUGACUGAUACUAGCCCACUCAGUUCUGUCAUGUCCUCCCCUCCCUACCUUGCUGAAGGUCCUUUUGGUCACCCCAUGAUUCCUGAAGAAUGCAGGGAGGGUGAUUUUCCUCAAUAUGCUGUCCCUGGUUUCCCACUUCCUCUGACUAUCACCUCUUCCUCUCGUACACCCGAGAUUUGGCAGGGACUGGAUUUCACCUUUGCAAGUCUGGAGGGUCCCCAGUUCAUUUUCCCGCCACACCACCCUUUGCAUCUCCGCCACGACUCCCCCUAUCCUCCUCCACCUCAUGUUCUUCCCCUAAGUUCUUUCCAGCCCUCCCUUCCAAUGCCUACCUACCCAGCUGUCCUGCCACUGGAGGCCCCAAAGAGCCGCUCAACUAGGUCUCCCAGCAAGGCCAAGCCUCGUGGCUCCCCAGCCAAGCAUAGAGCUAUGCAAGAGGCACACUUUGGGCAUCUAAGACACACAAGCCACGGAAUGGGUGUGCCGGUUUUGCCUUACCCCGAUCCAAUGGCCCAUAUUGUACCAAGCGCAUUCAGUAGCCUUGACACGCGAUGGUUUGAAACCACCCCUCGGUUCAGUCCUAGACAGGCUUGUAGGGUGGAUUCUGGAAUGCAUCAGGUGGUCCUCCAGCCCUCCCGACUCUCCCCCCUAACCCAAAGCCCGCUUAGUUCUCACGAAGGCUCCCCAGAGAUUGUAGUACGUCCCAGGCCACGUCCCAACAUUGUCCAACCUCGCAUACCACCAGAGAUGUCUGAGAUUACCCUCCUCCCUCCUUCCACAGCCAGCUUCUCAAGGAGAUCUUCCCCCUCCUCCUCACCUGCCCACCAUGGCCAGGGUAGCAGGAGAGCCAGUCCCAGCUACCGUUCCCACAUAGCCUUUGCCACUUCUGCAUCCAGCUACCCAGCUUCCCAGUCCCCGUCACCCCCCAUGGAAAGCAGCAACAUAUUUGGGCAGAUGCCAUCUCAGAGGAGGACUGAGGAGGGGAUUCUUCCAUCUGAGCCCUCUCCACCCCAGUUGUCAGCUUCAGGAAAAUAUCGAGGUGUGCCGACUCCCCUUUCGGGGUCUGAGAGGAUUGAUGCACUGAGAUACCAACGUAUAAAAAAGGCCAAGAAGAUGAUGAUGAACAACAAUAACUCCAAGUCCAGAAAGAAAGCAGGUGUCUCCACCUCUCAGACCCAGCAGGCCUACACCUCUCAGGUACUCCAGCCCGAAGAAGUUCUCUACCUCCGCAAGAAGAAGAAACGGCCCAUCCUCCACGACCCGUAUACUCGCUUUUCUGCUCUGCUGUACCGCCGCCCGCCGAGGGAGGACCAGAAGGCUAUUUUGGCCAGCAUGGACUACAUAGACCUAGACCAUGCAACCCUCCUCUGAAAGCCCAUAAGGACACAGUUACAUCCAUGCAAUAUUCCCUCAUUCCAAAAUCACUACCAGGUGGAAAACACAAAGAUGUUUGCAAUUUAUUGUUUAUAAAGGGGACUAGCACUACAUUUCAGCAUUCAGAUUUGGUAUAUUGUGUAGCUAUGCCCUUGGUCAAUUCAAUCUGCACUAGUAAGCAUUCUGCCAUUUGAAAUAUGUGAUAACAACAACUGUACCUUGUUAGAUCAAGAACCUAGAUUGUCUCUGAAAUGCUGUUCCCAAUUUACCGUGAGUGAUAUAGCAGCAUUGGUCAAUUGGAAUGACAUCAUAUGCAGUCCUAGCUCCAAGGAUUAUUUGAACACUACUGAUUGGAUGACAGAAUGCACACGGUUGACGUGUAUUCUUAAAUCCAGUAGUGUUCCCUUUUAAAAAAUGUGUUUAAACUACAGCGAUUCAAAUCAAAAUAAUAGCUGCCACAAUUUUCCAAAGUUUUACUCCAGUGCAAAAAGAUUUGUUAAAAAAGAGGCAAGUGCCUGUUGUCCACAUUUCAAAUAAUUAUACAAAAAGUCCAGUUACCCUUUUUGAAUUUGAACACGUUUCAUGCGUUGAUUGCCCCCCAAAAAGCCCUGCCGGUCUCCGUUUACAGCCCCUUCCACCGGAUCCUCUCCGCCAGCAAGGUUUAUCUGCCGAGAAACUCGCCUCACAAAUGUGUUAUCUCACUUCCUACCGAAUAUACCUCAGAGCACAGGACACGACACCCCCAACCACAGAUCAGCCAGCAGAGCAAACUAGCCUUUUUAUAUAUCUUUAGUCAUAAUUACUUUUCUUAAAACGACAUGGUACAGUUUUUUCUUUCUUAUAUUUACUACUAUUUAGUUUCUAAGAAGUCCAUAUUUGGAUUUAAUUCAGUUUAUCUCGCAGAAUGAUAGAUCUUUCACAUUCUGUUCUACUGUAAAUGAUCAGGACUGACAAACAAACACAACCCUGGACUACUGUACUGAAGGAACUAUCUAUAUAUCUUAAACCUUAUUGAAUAAUGUAAUUCAGCAGUGAAUCACACAGGGGCUUAAUGUACUUUUGCAUUUCAUUUACAUAUACUGUACUUGUAACACACAGGCCAAAUCAAAAGCGGUAAUUCAACUACUUUCAGUCAUUCUGUAUGAAGCCAUUUAAUUGCUCCAAUUCGUUUAAGCUCCUCAUAUCUCAUCACUGUUUGCACUGGAGCAAAAUCUUGUCCAUUUCCUCAGAUUUGUGUCACCAGUUUGUGAGCUGUAGGUAGUGUAGAGGGUACCAAAUCCUAUCCAGAAUAGUUAUGCCAAAAAUAGUCAAAUUAAAAAAUGAACAACACAUAGUGGAGUGAUUCUGUGCCAUAGUAUAUAAUAGUAUUUUAUUCAUAUAUAUAUAUUAGAGGGCAUCCAAAAUAAUGGCUUUGGUCGGCCUUAAUGGUUCUUCUGGUUACCUGCUUCACUUGUGUCCAUUUUUAUAAUUGUUUUAUUUGUGCAUUAGUGCAUGCAUGUGUGAGUACCAGCCUCUUUGUAUUUGACUCUUUAUGUGCUUGUCAUUUGAUAUGGAGAUGCUGAGAGGGGUGUCAUCCCUUAAGAAAAAAGAAUGUGGCAUUAAGGGAAAACAAAGUGAGACAAACCUUUUGUUGUUCACCGGUAAAGGCAGUUUUGUUUACAUGUGAUGGUUGAAUUUGCCUGUCAAACUGAGAUGGAAAUAUGGACACUAAGGGGCUAAAAUGUGUUUUGUUGAAUAAGUUAACAUCGUGCCAUAACAUUAGGAACUAAACUAUAUCACACAUACAGCAGCUCCUGUUAGAUUCAACAAACAAUGGCUGUGUAUUGGGCCCACUUUUUUAUUUUUGCUCAAAAGGUGCUCCAUUUCUUCCAAAGUUGUUUUCAUGUGUAGAGGGUAUGGACUCAUAUCUUAGGCUCCUUAUUCUAAAUGAAAGCAGUGUCCAUGUUCUGCUGUUAUUGAUGUGUUUUUUUUAUACAUGUAUUUAUUUGUUUGAUUCCUUUAUUGUGAUGUAGAGCAGACUCUGACCACUCCUACUCCAAAAUAGUCUUCUAAUAUGAACCACAUGUUAAGUGACUAAAUGUGGUUGCUUUAUUAAGAUAUUUCCACAAUGAUUGCUUGCAAAAGGAGGUGUCAAGGUUUUCAAAAAACUGACCUCAUGUUUUAUUCGGUAUUCAGUGUUCAGGAAAAUUAAAGAAGAGAUGUAAUGUUAUUUAUUUAACUAAACAGGAAAUACUAACUGUGUCUCCUGAAAGCAAUUACCAUUCUUUAAUAGACAAAAACAUGACAGAAAUUCACUGGCUUAUGACCAAAUCCAGCAUACUGGAAUAAAGUUCAGAAUCCAUCAUACAGAUACAUUAAGGAUACUUCAGUAGUUAAAAAGCAGCAAUUAUAAUUAAAUAGCUUGUGCCUUUACGAUUAUUAUCAUUCUCCAGCAUUGGAGCAUCUGGUAGCUAAUAUUUAAGUAUUGUGUCUACGUCAACAUAAUGCACUUAUUGUGGAAAUAACUUUACAAUACACUUACUUCUGCUACUAAAGUCAAACCACAGUCUCUUCUUCCAAAGAUUCUAAAGUCUGGCGAGCCUAGAGGCCGUACCAUGUGACAGCAACUUGUUUUUAGCUGCUUCGUACGGCACUGAGUGAAGUGAUGACUGAAACAUAUCAGAGAGGCCAUCCCAUCAGGUGCUGAGCAGUGGUGUCAAACAGAGGCUGCUCUUCAGCCUAAGGUGCUAAGCAAACCAUGAAGUAAAGCUGUACUAAUGAGUAUAUAUUUCAAUAACUACAAAUGCCACUUCCAUUUUAACAACUGUCAUUGCUGUGUUGCUGUCUUUGAUUGUUUUCAUCUAAAGAAUUGAGAAUUGGCUGUGCUGCUGCCUGCGUUUCAUAGCAUAGAUGGUUACAACAAGAAAUCUUGCUUUGUACCUUCCAGAAUGAUAGAGGAGCUUAAGGGAGAGUUUGGUUCAGAUCAAUUGACAAUGAUUUCCCAAAUUAGGUAUUUUAAUGACUAUUUGAGAGCAGACCAUUUCCAAAAAGAAAUGUCAAAACAAUUACUAUUUUCUACCAAUUCUGGAAUGUUUUGAAUACAUUUGAACUCAGUUGAUAGAAAACAUUAUCUAUAACAAAACUAACUGAAUAAGGAGUACUAGUAGUGGUCAUGCUGUAUUGUAUCAAAACACCUAGUGUUAUCUUAUAUUUACCCCACAUUUAAAAGAAACCAAACCACUGACAGAAAUGACAUAAGAUCUAAAAUAUACAUCAUUAUAAUUGUUCCUUAGUUGUAAAAGAAAGAAUCAUUCUUGUUCAUAUUGGCCAAUGAUAUGCAUGUAGUUCGACAAAUUAAUCUGAAAUAUACAACAUUAUUUUAUGGGAAAAGGUCUAUUUUAUUCUGUUUAGGUGCUCCUGUGACUUUAUAGUGUCCCUCUGAGCACGGUGAAGGUCCAAGUAAGAAGUAAUAAACAGGAUGAGCCUCUAUCAUUUCCAAAUGCACUGGAAAAUCAAAUGUUCACUGCUCUGUACAUACUGAAAGUUCAGUCCUACAGUAUAACUUGUUUUGGUCAAAUGUAGAGAAUAAUUACACUAACAAAACCCUGAUAAUUCAGUGUCACUCUUAAAAACAGAGAAGAUGGGAAAUAGUCUCUGUGUGACUGUUGAGCUAUUUCAUCACCAAGGGCUUUAAUGAGACUCGUCUGAACAAAGCUGAGGGCUAAGUCAGAUCUGAAGUACUGUAUACUUCCUAAUGUGCCACUGAGAAUAUGUUCAUGUAUACUCAAAUAAAUUAUUUGCAUAGUAUAAACAUUUGAAUGCUCCAGAAAUAGGGAAAAUAGGGCCACUGCCAGAGCAACCUUCUGUAUUCGUGAAAGAAAAGCAUGAUACCAAUGGGCUGUGUUUGAAGCUAAAGCCAAUGAAACAACUAUGAUUAGCUCCAAGUUAAAGUUGAGCAGUAAGGCUUUUAAAGUCACUUUAUUAAACCAUUUUUCCAAACCUAAACAUUUUAACCCAAUGAUUUAAAAUUCCAAAUUUGACACGUUUUCAGUUUUGCCACAGUCACAUUGCCAUGCGUUGCGGUUAGAUACAUUCGGUUGAAUUGAAGCUGUAACUAGAAUUAUUUCUAUGUGUUGAUAGGGGAGGUAGAUAUGCUCUUUACUAUUCUGUGAUGUCUAUUACUUAAUAUUUAUAUUGUAUGUGUUACUUCACAAACUAGUCUGGAGAAAACGAAAGUGGUCCAUAUAGCUUUAUUUGUCCAAUUGCAGUCUGACUUGCGCUUAGUACAUAAUAGCCCAUAAUUACUACAGAGUAUGUCCCAUAAAGUGGGUCAAUCUGAGUAACUUUAAAAAAAACAAAAAAAAAACAGUGUUGAUUUUCAGUUGAAGACUCUGAAGUAGCUUAAAAAAGUUAUGUUUGUGUGGUCUAAAGACAUUUUCAUCAAUCAUUAGAGAAUGAGAAUUUGUUUUAGAACAUCUCAGUACUGUAUCAUUCUUGAGCUGAGGACACGUUCUGCUCGGGCUGGAAGAGGCUUGAGGAGAGACUUAUCAUGGCUUUGUUGAGGAUAUUCAGACGUUUGACGUGUGGAACUGCUGUUGAUCCAUAGAUAGGAGAAUCUCUGGUGCUAAGACAUGCUGCACAACUACAACCUUUGUGUUGCCUCCAUGUUGGAACCAUAUUGAGUUGAUGUUGAAGCUCACCUCUCUGAGUUCUCUGCAUCUGAUCCAUAAAACUGCCACAUUAUUUUCCUUAUUUCCACACUGAAAAAACUGAAACUUUGACUUGA